AUGAUAUGGUCUAACAUCUUGGAUAGAGGAUGGGAUAACACGGGUGCAAACGGCGCCAAUUUGUCGUUCCCCAAGGAGUUUGGGAUUGAGGACAACACUUGGUUAGUCGGGGUUAUAAAUGCAGGGUACUUGUCGUUCCUAUCUUUAUGCUUCUACCGUCUUCUAACUUAUUUGAUAGACCAACACUCUUUGGACUCCUCAGGCAUGGGCGUCAAGAUCUCAACUAUCCCGGUGUUCAGCGCCGAAAUUAGCCCUGCGUCUAUCCGUGGUGGUUUGGUCACCAGUUUCCAGCUAUGGGUGGCGUUUGGAAUCUUCAUUGGCUUCUGCUCUAAUCUCAUUUUCUAUCGAGUCGGGGAUCUAGCUUGGCGGUUUCAAUUGGGCGCUGCAUUUGCUCCAGCUGUACCUGUCUUGUUCCUGGUUUGGUUUUGCCCUGAGUCCCCACGAUGGCUAAUGAAAAAGCGCCGCUACCAAGAGGCCUUCAGAUCAUUUUGUCGACUACGUAACACGGAGCUCAUCGCCGCGAGAGAGCUAUAUUACGCCCAUUGCCAGGUGAUGACCGAGCGAGAUGAAUUUGCAGGAGUAUCACUUGCCUCCCGAGUCUGGGAGCUAUUCACAGUUCCUCGCCUCCGUCGAGCAAUGAUCUCAAGCUCCUUGAUCGUCAUAGCCCAGCAGUUUUCCGGCAUUAAUGCGAUGGCGUUCUACUCAAGCACAAUCUUCGCUGAAGCCGGAUACUCACCUCGAGAUUGUCUCCUUGCUUCCCUGGGUUUCGGUCUGACUAUGUUCGUUUUCGCUAUCCCAGCCAUCUAUACUAUGGACACCUUCGGUCGGCGGAACCUAUUGUUGUUUACAUUCCCCAAUAUGGCAUGGUGUCUGCUGGCAGCGGGAUGCUGUUUCUUGCUUCCGGUUGAUUCUAAUGCUCGAGUACCUUUAAUCGCCUUCUUCAUUUACCUCUUCGGUGCUUUCUACGGUCCUGGUACGUUGUCAAGCUCCCUUGCGAUGAACAAACGUCUCACUGUCUUAGGAAUCGGGCCUAUUCCCUCCAUUUAUUUCAGUGAAGCAUUCCCGCUGUCGCAUCGUGAGCUUGGUGCGGCUUUCACCAUAUGCGUCAACAAUAUUGUUGGGAGUGUGCUGAGCCUCUCUUUCCCAUCGAUUUUGGCAAAAAUGACUGCAACUGGUGCAUUCGGAUUCUACGCCGCACUCAACAUGCUCGCAUUCAUUCUCAUAUUCUUUAUAAUCCCGGAGACCAUGUACGUUUUACCAGAGCGAGAGGUUUUAUAUGAUGCUGACUUAAACAGGCAACGUACUCUUGAAGAGCUCGACUAUACCUUUGGCGUGCCUAUUCAUAAGCAUGCUCAUUACCAGGUGAGGACAUGGUUGCCCUGGUUUGUGAAACGAUACUUCCUGUUCCAGCGAUCUGCGAAACUGGAGCCCCUGUAUAAGUUGGAGGGCUUCUAA